ACGAGGAGCAAAUCAGUGCCUGGCUAUUGAGCGCUUCCUAAGCUAUUUCCCCAAGCAUGUCGAACUUCUACAGCGAAACAGAAAUUCGGGUUGUUGGGUCAUGACAGUGCUGUUGUCCCGGUUUGAAAGAGUGUGGUUAGGAAGAAGCGUGUCUGGAUUUGACUCGUGUUUUGUCACAGAGGGGAGGAGGAGGUAAAAAAAAAAAAAAAAAAACCAGCCGCCAUCUUUUGGAAGUGACUGGGAGUGGGGAGUUAACGCUAUAACAUUAAGGCUAGCUUUCGAGCUUUUAACAUCCACUGGCUGGUUUGUUUUGUUUUUAUUAUUACUAUUAUUAGUCCAUUAUUGGCUCAUGUAGUUAUCACGUCCAAGUCAUCACAUGCAACCCAACAAUAAACACUAACGUUCAGUUAAACGACUUGGCAGCGAGACCAGGAUUACCGAAAGAAGGAAGGAAAGAAGGAAGGAAAGAAGGAAUAACAAACCCAUCUACAGUUGUGUCAAACCUGUCCUCUGCUCCUCCUGUGUGGCUUCACAGGCCAGCUGUUUGCUGCUGCUGCUGCUGCUUCCCUUCCUUUCCUUUCCCUUCCCUUCCCAGGAUAACUGCGUUGGAGCCUAGCCGAGCUAGCAAGCCUAGCUAAGAUUUCCCUUCCCUUCCCUAGAAUCCUGUUUUUUUUCCCCUUUUUUUCUUCUUCUUUUUGUCAAAACUGGCCUGUCGGACGGGUCCCUAUGCACACACUGCCACUCUCUGGCAGAUGAGUCAUCAUCGGGGUCUUGCGCGUCGCAGUCGCACGGCCAGAUAGUCCCCUGCGAGCGCAGCAUGCCCUCCACCAGCAGGGCAGGGAACCUCAAGGACCCCGAGAUCGCAGAACUGUUCUUUAAGGAAGAUCCUGAGAAGCUAUUCACUGACCUGCGCGAGAUUGGACAUGGCAGCUUCGGAGCUGUGUAUUUUGCACGUGAUGUGCGGACCGCAGAGGUGGUGGCCAUUAAGAAGAUGUCCUACAGUGGAAAACAAUCCAAUGAGAAAUGGCAGGAUAUUAUUAAAGAAGUCAAAUUCCUCCAGAGAAUACAGCACCCGAACAGCAUAGAGUAUAAAGGAUGCUACCUGCGGGAACACACAGCAUGGCUUGUGAUGGAGUACUGUUUGGGGUCAGCUUCCGACCUCCUUGAAGUUCACAAAAAGCCCCUUCAGGAAAUCGAGAUUGCAGCUAUUACCCAUGGUGCUUUGCAGGGGCUCGCCUACCUUCACUCUCACAACAUGAUUCACAGGGAUAUCAAAGCUGGGAACAUCCUGCUGACUGAACCUGGCCAGGUCAAACUGGCAGACUUCGGUUCUGCCUCCAUCGCUUCUCCAGCCAACUCCUUUGUGGGGACGCCGUAUUGGAUGGCUCCAGAGGUGAUCCUGGCUAUGGAUGAGGGCCAGUAUGAUGGAAAAGUAGAUGUCUGGUCUCUUGGUAUCACCUGUAUAGAAUUAGCUGAGAGGAAGCCUCCUCUGUUCAAUAUGAAUGCAAUGAGUGCCUUAUACCAUAUAGCGCAGAAUGAGAGCCCAACACUGCAGUCUAGUGAAUGGACUGAAUACUUUAGAAAUUUUGUUGACUCUUGUCUUCAGAAAAUUCCCCAAGACAGACCACAAUCCGAGGACCUGCUCCAGCAUGCAUUUGUUCAGCGAGAGAGACCAGAGACUGUCCUGAUUGACCUGAUCAUGCGGACCAAGGACGCAGUCCGGGAGCUGGACAACCUGCAGUACCGCAAAAUGAAGAAGAUCCUCUUUCAGGAGGCCCACAACGGGCCAGCUACUGAGGCCCCAGAGGGAGAUGAGGAGCCUGAGCAUGGAGCUGGGCGUACAGGCACAGUGAACAGUGUAGGAAGUAACCAGUCCAUCCCCAGCAUGUCGAUUAGUGCCAGCUCUCAGAGCAGCUCUGUCAACAGCCUUCCUGAUGCUGCAGAUGAUAAGAGUGAACUGGACCUGAUGGAAGGAGACCACACCGUCAUGUCCAACAGCUCCGUCAUACACCUCAAACCUGAAGAGGAAGAGGUUUACCGAGAUGACCCAGAGGCACGUAGUCAUCCCUCCGAGGCCCAGGCAGCUCCAGCACAGCCGCCCCCGCGCAAAUACCACCGAAACCGCGAGCACUUUGCCACCAUCCGCACAGCCUCACUGGUGACUAGGCAGAUGCAAGAACAUGAGCAGGACUCAGAGCUGAGAGAGCAGAUGUCUGGCUAUAAGCGCAUGAGACGGCAGCACCAGAAGCACCUGAUGGCCCUGGAGAACAAGCUCAAGGCUGAGAUGGAUGAGCACAGGCUGAAGCUGGACAAGGAGCUGGAGACUCAGCGGAACAGUUUCGCAGCCGAGAUCGAGAAACUGGUCAAGAAGCACCAAGCAUCCAUGGAGAAAGAUGCCAAGUCAUUUGCCAACGAUGAGAAGAAGUUCCAACAGCACAUCCAGGUCCAGCAAAAGAAAGAGCUAAGCAGCUUCCUGGAAUCCCAGAAACGGGAGUAUAAACUACGCAAGGAGCAACUGAAAGAGGAGCUGAGCGAGAACCAGUCCACACCCAAGAAGGAGAAGCAAGAAUGGUUGUCCAAGCAGAAGGAGAACAUCCAACACUUUCAGGCUGAGGAAGAAGCCAACCUACUCCGCCGACAGAGGCAGUACCUCGAGCUCGAGUGCCGCCGCUUCAAACGCCGCAUCCUCAUUGCCAAACACAACGUAGAGCAGGAUCUCGUGCGAGAAGAGCUGAAUAAGCGUCAGACGCAGAAGGACCUGGAGCACGCCAUGCUGCUGCGUCACCACGAGUCCAUGCAGGAGCUGGAGGUCAGGCAGCUAGGCACCAUCCACAAAAUGAGGACCGAGCUCAUCCGCCUGCAGCACCAGACCGAGCUCACCAACCAGCUGGAAUACAACAAGCGCAGAGAGAGAGAACUGCGCCGCAAGCACGUCAUGGAGGUCCGGCAGCAGCCCAAGAGCCUAAAGUCCAAAGAGCUACAGAUCAAGAAGCAGUUUCAGGACACGUGUAAGAUUCAGACGCGGCAGUACAAGGCCCUGAGGAACCACCUGCUCGAGACCACGCCCAAGUCAGAUCACAAGGCUGUGCUGAAGAGGCUCAAGGAAGAGCAGACAAGAAAGCUGGCCAUUCUCGCUGAGCAAUAUGAUCACUCCAUCAACGACAUGCUCUCCACACAGGCUUUGCGACUGGAUGAAGCCCAGGAGGCAGAGUGUCAGGUGCUGAAGAUGCAGCUUCAGCAGGAGCUGGAGCUGCUGAACGCAUACCAGAGUAAAAUCAAGAUGCAGACAGAUGCACAGCACGAUCGCGAGAGGAAAGAGCUCGAACAGAGAGUCUCGCUGCGCAGAGCCCUCCUGGAACAGAAGAUCGAGGAGGAGAUGGUGACGUUGCAGAACGAGCGUUCGGAGCGAAUCCGUAGCCUUCUGGAGAGGCAGGCGCGCGAGAUCGAAGCCUUCGACUCGGAGAGCAUGCGCCUAGGCUUCAACAACAUGGUGCUGUCCAACCUGGCCUCGUCUGACAGCCACAGCCACAGUUUUCCAGGUGCAUCGGGUCCUUGGGGUUCACCGCACAGUUCCGGGUCACAAGGGCCACACUGGGGCAACCAGCAGGGCCAUCAUCAUCAUCACCACCAUCACCACCACCACCACCAGCACCAUGCCAGCCAGAGCGGCUCCAUCCAGCAGCCCUGGGGACACAGCGGGCAUCCUCCCUGGGGCCACCAUGGCACAGGUGGCAGCCAGCGGUCCGGUGCUGGCGGGGCACGGAACAGCCCUCAGGCGGCGCGGCGAACCUCGGCAGGAGGCCGCAGCGAGCAGGGAAUGAGCAGGAGCGCCAGCAUCGCCUCUCAGAUCUCCAACGGCUCGCACCUGUCAUACACAUAAGCCAGCCCACUCGAACACCCCUCCCCCAAUACACACACGCGCACAUUGUCCGAGAGGAGCAUGAGGUACACUAAGGUCAGAGAGCAGACACAGAGCCCUGAAGGGUAUUUGCUUUCUCACUGUCCCUCUUCUACACUUUUUAUUAUUAUUUUUUUUUGUAGUUGUGAAAAUGCUCUGAAAAAAACAUGCACCUUAUAUUAUAUAAUAUUAUAUAUUAUAUUAUAUUUAGGGUCCUUAUUGGAAAAGGCUCACAGGUUCAGAUGUAUAAUCAGACUGUAUAAGAUGCACUGGAUAUGGAGCAGUGCAGUAAUAUGAUCAGCGGAAUGUGAGUGUGUGUUUAUGAAUGUGUUUCAGAUAGAGAGGUGGAGUUUGAGCGUUCGUAUACGCAGAGGCGGCGUCAUGCAUCGUUGUGGCAGUGGGGGCGUGGUCAAGCGU